CAAAUAAUGAUUAAAGGCGAUUAGAUCGUCCCUUAUUCAGCCUUAUAUAUAGAUAUGUAAUAUAGACAUUUAUUUAAUACUUUAUGGGCAUACUUAAAGCCUGUGGAUUAAAAUAAAUAUAUUUAAGAAGUAAAUGUUAUUCUAAAAGUUUCUUUUGCAGAUUGAACAAAUUUGGUUGGGAGGAUUAAAAAAUUAAAAAAUUUUGAUAACUUUAUGUGUUAGAGCAUCAACAGAUUUAGUUUUAUAAGUAUAUUUAAUUUUAACUAUCUAAGGCUUUAAAUUGGCCACCAGGAUCUGAAGUAAUCAUAACAGGAAUCAAUAUUCCAGAUAUGAUUUAAGUACUUCGAUUAAAUGGAAUAAUUCCAGUGCCAGUGGAAGUAAAUCCAGAUACUUUGGGAUGUACAUUAGAUUCAUUUAAAAAAUUUUAUACUGAAAAGGUAUUUAUUUGCUACAUAAAAGACUAAAGGAAUAAUGAUUUCAUAUGUUUUUGGAGCAAAAUUUGAUGCUACAGAAAUCAUAGAUUGGGCUAAAUCAAAAGGAUUAUUUAUAAUGGAAGAUGAGGCUGAGAGUUUUGUAGCUCCUAAUGCAAAAUGUAUUUAUUAAUUAAAAUUAAUAGUAAAUCCAAAUGUUGAUUUUUCAACAUUUAGUUUUGGUUCUAUAAAAACUUGUUCUGCUUUUGGAGGAUCAAUAAGUGUGAUUAGAAAUAAUGAAGCUUUAUAUAGAAAAAUGAAGACAUUAUAAGAGUCAUACCCAAAGUGGUCUUAACAUAAGUAAAAUAUUAUUUAAACUUAAAGUUAUUUUAAAAGGACUUUAAAAAAUUUAAUACCUAUGAUAUUAUUAAAUAGUCAAAAAAUAAAUAGAAGUUCAAGAUGGGUUUUUAUUAAUUUUUUUUCAAAUUGGGAUUAUAAAGAAUUUGUUGUGAAUAGUAUAAGAGGUUUCUAAAAGAAUCCAUCUGAUAUAUUAUAAACAUAUAGAUUUAGAGUUCCUGAUCCAAUGUUAGUGAUGUUGGCUUUGAGAAUGAAAACAUUUGAUGUUGAUUAAUUUAAUAUAGCAACUUAAAGAUAAUUAGCUGGUUAAAAAAUUCUAAUAAAAGGAGGUCUGCUUGUACCAGGUCAUGCAGUAGAAGAUAGAAAAUUUUGGUACUUAUUUUAUUUUAUUCAAAAUAUAGGUUAUAUCCUGUUGUAGUACCAGACCCUGAAAAAACAUAUAAAAUUUUGAAUUCAAGAGGAAUUGAUGCUUAUAUGGGAGUAACCUAAUUAGACAUAGUUGAAAGUCCAAUUGGAAGUUCGUAUUAAUAUCCAAAUAAUACUUUAUCUUAUUUUAAAAAUGUAAAUAUUAUAUAAUAAUUAAAGAUAUUAUAUUUACCUAUCCAUUAAAAUGCAGAUUUAAAAUCAAUUUAAAUAAUUUGUAAACAAGUUGUAGAGGUAGUUGAUAUGUUAAAAAAUAGAAACCCAAAAUUAUGA